GAUGUCAACUGUCAAACAGAUGACACGACAGUGGGAGAGCGAGCCAGCAACAAAAAAGGAGUCAACUUUUCUGGGAUCGAAAGAAGCGAAAAAUCCGCAAAAUUGUGUUGCUUUCCCUGGAUUUUUCGCACUAGGAGUGAAGAAAAGCUGGAAAAUUAGGUGUGCCGUACUGCUCGCUACGUACAGCCACAGCCAGCAGCGCAUCAGGUGCAUCGUGCGUUAUCCGGUGGCUUUGCGGUCGGUUUUAGAUGCAACGCGUUCCGGGGCAGUAGGUUCCUUGCGUGAUAAUUAGCCGAGGUGCCGUUCGAAGAAUCCCUGUACACGGCCAACCGAAAGGGCAGCAGCAUCUAGCUACGUGGUCCAGCUGAAUCGUCCUUAAUCGUUCGCAUUUUCUCUCGACAAGUCCUGAGUGCCGUGCAGCUAGACCGCAAGCAAGGCGAUUUUUAUCGUACCGUUCACGCGUGUGUAUGUGUCAGUGCAUGUGUGUGCACGUGUGAAGCGUGCAAGUAGGCGUGUGUGCGUGUGAGGUUGUGCGUACGUAAAAAGUGAAUCGAGCAGGCAGUGUCGAAAGCGGGUCGCACAGUGUCAUCGUCCACUAGCUUCCUCCCACGGGGGCUACAGUAGCAGCAGCAGCAGCUUUACCAACAGUGGGCAAAAUCGUUUACGAGGCAAAGUGAUUUUAUAAUUAAUUUGUGCGUGCAUCGAUCUUGCGGACACGGGUGCAAACGACACCCAACAUCGGACGAAAAAGCCGCCGACGAUCGAACGUGGUGAGAUCACGCUGAAAGGAGUGGCAAAAACAAGCACCAGCAGCAAACCCGCCGGAAUUAAGCAGCUCAACUGGACCGCGAACUGAGGCAAAGGAAAUCACCAGCAGACACAUCCACACACAUACACGCACGUACGGUGGAUCCCUUCGUUGUGCAGCGAAUCUGCAAGGAAGAGAAAAAAGAGUAAACUUGACGUAACCCGGGCAAAGGCACUUUGCCAGUUGGAUGAGCAAAAAUGAUUCUGCUGGAGAUCAACAACAGGAUUGUGGAGGAAACGCUUACAGUGAAGUUCAAAAAUGCAAUCGCGGGAAACAAGGCGGAAUCUAUCGAUGUGACGGUAGCCGACUUCGACGGAGUACUAUUUCACAUUUCCAACAUUAAUGGCGAUAAAACGAAAGUGCGAACGAGCAUAUCGCUCAAGUUCUACAAGCAGCUGCAGGAGCAUGGUGCCGACGAGUUGCUCAAGCGCGAGUACGGCGACCUUCUGAUUGCGCCCGAGGACGGGUACAACGUGUCGGUGCUGGUCGAUCUAGAAAACAUACCGGAAAAUUGGGAAGAAACGGUACGGAAGGUCGGUCUGCUGAAGCGAAACUGUUUUGCGUCCGUGUUCGAGAAGUAUUUCGACUUCCAGUCGCAGGGCGAAGGUGAAGGCGAAGGACAGAAACGAGCAGUGAUCAACUAUCGAAAUGAUGAAACGAUGUACGUCGAAGCCAAACCAGAUCGCGUAACGGUCGUGUUUAGUACGAUAUUCCGUGACGAGGACGACGUAGUGUUAGGCAAAGUGUUCAUGCAGGAGCUGCGCGAAGGCCGAAGAGCGUCACACACGGCACCACAAGUAUUAUUCUCCCAUCGGGAACCGCCCCUGGAGCUGGCCAAUACGGGUGCAAGGGUCGGUGAAAACAUAGGAUACGUAACGUUCGUACUGUUCCCAAGGCACACCGCGAAAGAAACGCGCGAUAACACGAUCAAUUUAAUUCACAUGUUCCGUGAUUAUUUGCAUUAUCAUAUUAAGUGUUCGAAAGCAUACAUCCACUCGCGAAUGCGUGCAAAGACGUCGGAAUUUUUAAAGGUGCUCAAUCGCGCUCGACCGGAGCCAAAAAUUACGGAAAAGAAAACAAUAACCGGCCGAACAUUCAUCAGAAAAGAAUGAUUGCGGAACACGGCGGACGUCUAGUUGUUAAAUGUGUAAGUAUUCAAACGAAACUAAUAAAAUGCAAAAAGCGUACCAGAAGCAAACGGGAAGGCAUACAAACAAGUAAGGCAAAAUUAAACCGGUGGUUUCUUCGGUGGGAAGGAAAUAUUGCAUUUGGCUGCAGCAGUGUUAGGCUAAGGAAAACAAAACCAAUCAAGGAUGAAUUUAUGGUCCGUGAUAGAGCGUUAGGCAGAGCUCCCGCGCUCUAGUGGUAACUGUGGGUCAUUGUUCUCCCCGUAUGGAUGGUAUUAACACGGGACACGGAUUAGCAAUCGUAAACCAUAGAAAGUGCAUAUGGUAACGUAAAAGAAAACACCACUUCCCUAUUUUGCAAGCAGACUCUGCAGACUAUUCCUCUGCGCAAACGGAGGCAAUGAGAGAGAGAGAGCAGGGAACCCCAACACUAUUGCGCCGGUAGAGACAUUUGACAGACACAUUCGAUAGUAAACGUUAGUCCAAAAUAUACUCUUCAAAUCAUACAGCAAAACAACGCGCGCAUACAGUCGGUAACAUUCAUUCAUUAAUCGUCGCUGCCAAUGUAAACAGAUUAAAGAUAUAUUAACAAUAACAGGCAUUAGGAGUCACACACGAAAAUGGGGCAAAAUUAAUGGACACUAAGCAUGAUAACGGAAACGCGUUGAAAGGCUUUCGACAGGGAGGAAAGGAGAAACUGGUUUAAAAAUAGUAGGUAAGGUGGUAAGCAAUUUGCGGUAAGCUAAAUAUAAAGCUAAUUUUACAAAAGAAAACAAAAACUAUAGUAGGAAAAUAAUGAGAGGUGUUGAGACAGCGAUCGUAGCGAGUUGAUAUUGGCUUUUGCAUUAGUGUUUCUACAGGUCCUCCCCCCUGCUGGAUGAACGACCGUCGCUGUGUUAUGGGCGCCUGAAAGUAUGCAAUAUACAGUUUUAAGUUGAAUAUACAUUGAAGGAAUCAUUUAAAAGCAGUAAUUGCAUACUUUCGGGCUCCGUUAGGCACCCCCAACACGCACAUCUCGCAGGGGAGUUGAUGCACCGGAUCUAGGCCAAUGCAUUUACUAACAGCAAUGCACGCUCCUAACGCACCAUUAAAAGAGUCAUAUUUAGGGCUUACAAUGCAAUCGUGUGGUAUGUAGUAAGGUUGUUCGUGCUGUAGAGAAGGGUGGACAAAACGUUCCCGUUUGUUGGUUUUUUGGCAAAACUGGCACGCCAACGAAAAAAGGUCGCACAAAUGAAGAUCAAAACGUGUGGAUGGAAAUGCAGUGUAACAAGGACACAAACACACACACACACAGAACACACUAAUCAAUUUACUAAUCAAUUGUGUAACGAGAUCAAAAUAUGUGAGCUGUUACAGUACCGUCACACCCGAUGUGAUGUGAUGGAGGAUUGUUUGUUACAAACCCCCCGCUCGGGGCGCGAAAAAGGAUGUGUAGCUUACUAAAAGCAGAACCCUCCCCCCUCCACCCUAGUGGGGGAAUCUAUUUCGAGGAAAACAUCGAGCACGCGUGGGAAUAAAUGCAAUACUAACUAAUGCCAAGGGUAUGCAAAGGGCCGCGUGGUUAAGCAAACGGGAGUGACCGGGAGCAAUUGAAGGAAAGGUGUGCGGACCUUAGAUUGUUUUCCUCAUCAAAUUUUACCAAACUACACAAAAGCAAACGUUGUUUACUAUUAACUACUACUGCUAAUAUUAUUAUUAACUAGAAGCCUUUCGUGCGACGCAAGCAAAGCCGCCAGGACAAACAUGACUAAAGAGAGAGAGAGAGUGAAAGGGAACGAGCGAAGAUAAAUUGCAAGGCAAGAAGCAAGAAUGAUUAAAACUACAGUUAGUUAAGAAAUGAUCCUCAUUUAAAGUAGUGUUCGUUCUGUCGGGUGCGAGAAUCGGUUUUGUAGUGGAAAGAUUGUUUUACCGAUUUCUACUGCUCCAACCACGGGAUCGAGCUUCUGAUGUGGAUCGGUGGAUUCGGACCCUUCUUCCAGUUGUUUGUAGUGUAGAGUGGGAGAAGGCGAUCGUAAAAGAUUGGUAUUUGAGGUGGUUCAGAAGGGGGUUUCAGGUGAUAGAACAACACACUCAGCAACUAUUAAGACAAACGUGGGGGAUGAUACACAUUCAAAUGCGCCAGCUAGUGAUCUACGAAGCAUAAUGCAACUGCAGUAGGCCUUAGCACAAUUUAGACGCAUGAUUGGUAUUUUAAUUGAUACCUGAUGAUGCCUGAUGAACAUCUUCGUGCUAGCAGUUGUGACAUUAUCAGAGCCCUUUGAGUUGUCAUCUUCUGCAAUUAUUUUACUAGUUGUGUGUGUGUGUGCGUGCGUUGUGCUAUCAUCUAGCAAACAACCGCUGAAGAACCAAAACGGCCACAGAACUAAGAGUGAAAGCUGAUGUGCAUUUAUUAAACCAAUUCUCUUGGUAAACUGGGUCCGCCAGUCCGCCGUACCCAUAUUGCGCCAAUGAAAAUGCACUGCAACUGUUCGGUACAUGUAAAGAAAAGCAACAAAAAACGCCCGAUAAAAUCCUUGAAUUUGUAAAAUAGCUUUCCCUUUAUAGCUAGCGAGAAAAGAAGAAAAAAAAAACAAGAACGCGCGUUACAAAUCGAUUGGCAUUAGUGUUGCGAACACGUGUCACGUGUCUCCUUUGGGUUUCCUUCGAAUCCUUCCUCCUAUUCUUAACAAUCUAUUCGAGCAACAACGGGAUGUGAUGUGUCCUCAUAAAAACAAUGUGUCCUCCAGCAAGCAAGCACGUGAAAAUCGUUAUUACCAGAGACGCAUCGUAUCUGCGCCACAAAGGCCAAGUUGGUUCGCUUAAAACCAAUGCCAAUAGGACAAGAGAAAAAAAAACAAGUAGGAGAAUGUGUUCCCGCUAGCGUGUGGAAAUGUGGAACCAAGUCACGGCAGUAGGGAAAACAGGAAAGAUUGAAAUGGAAAAUGCCCUGGAGCUCCGCGAAACAAAAUUACAAUGAAAAGAAAGCAACAAUCUUCAAUAAAUCCGAGACACCCAACCCA